AGAACAUGAGCGCAAAAUAGAUCAUAAUCGAUAUGAUCUUCAAAUACAUUGGAGUUCACUUCUUAUAUAAAUGCCUCAAUAACAUAUCUGACAACAUGGAAUAUGUCAGUAGCAUUUUUAUAACAUAACCUCUCUCUCUCUCUUCUUCUCCAACGUUAGAGGAAAACUAAUUGUAGGUUGAAUAUUUAAUUUAUUUAAUAAGGCACGAUGCAAUAUAUUUUGCCUUUAAGUUCAUUGUGCGCAAGCAUAUUGUCUUUGUCAUUUUAUUUUUUCUCCAUCAUCUUUAUCAUUACCACCACAACAGUGGCAACUCUAAAGCUGCCACCAAAUGUGACGGUUCCGGCGAUUUUAGGAUUUGGAGAUUCAAUCAUUGAUCCGGGCAACAAUAAUAACAUCAAGACAAUAAUCAAGUGUAAUUUCCCUCCUUAUGGACAGGAUUUCAUGGGUGGAAUUUCUACUGGCAGGUUCAGCAAUGGAAGAAUUCCUACUGACUUCUUAGCGGAAGAAUUCUCAAUUAAGGAAUACCUGCCAGCAUAUUUGGAUACAAAUUUAAGUCCACAAGAUCUCCUUACUGGUGUGAGUUUCGCUUCAGGAGCUGCUGGAUUUGACCCAUUGACAUCCCAAGUAGCGUCAGUAAUAUCACUAUCCGAGCAGCUAGAGUAUUUUAAAGAAUACACAGAGAAGGUGAAACAACUAGUAGGGGAAGAGAAGACCAACUUCAUUUUAACAAACAGUAUUUAUUUUAUAGUAGCUGGAAGUGACGAUAUUGCCAACACUUACUUUGGCACUCCCUUCAGAAGAUUACAUUACGAUGUUGAGUCUUACACUGAUCUUAUGGUUGAAUCCGCAUCUUCGUUUGUCCAGGAAUUAUAUAAACUUGGGGCACGAAGGAUGGGACUUUUUAGUGCACCACCUAUAGGAUGUGUGCCAUCACAGAGAACCAUUGGAGGAGGAAUUGUGAGAGAAUGUGCUGAGCAUUAUAACCAAGCAGCUCAGUUGUACAAUUCGAAGUUGUCCAUUAAACUUGAUUCCCUCGCUCACAAGCUUCCACACACAAAGGUUGUCUAUAUCGACAUCUACAGCCCUUUGCUAGAUCUUAUUCAAAAUCCUGAUAAAUACGGUUUGGAAGAAGUGGUCAAAGGAUGUUGUGGUACAGGACUGUUAGAAGUGAGUGUGCUGUGCAAUAAGCUUGAUUCAGUUUGUCCGGAUGAUUCAAAAUACUUAUUUUGGGAUAGCUACCAUCCCACUGAAAGAGGCUAUCAACUUCUCUUUGAUGCGAUCAUUAAGAAAUAUGGUAACAAAUUAUACUGAAAAUAAAAAUGUUUAUUAAGUCUAACAACAAUAUAUACUUUGUUGAUUCAUACAAAAUAAUAUAUUUCAUAUGAAACCAAUAGCAUGGAUUCGUCUCACAGGUCUAUCAGCAUAAACAUGUAAUAUAAUAUAUUUGUGUGCUCAGUUUUUA